UGUCUUACUGCUACAGCAGGGCUGGGGAUUGCAGUAUCCGCUGUUGCUGCUGCUCCCAGUCCUUCUCCGUCUGCUACCUCGUCCUGUCUCACUGCAUCCCAGGAGAGCCACGUCGGCUGGUCUUUCCCUUUCGGAUUUUCAAAAGCAGCUCUUCGGUUUUUGGUGCUGGAGGGAGAGACUACUUUUCAGUCACACCGGAGAGCACUGAAGCUUGUAAGAGGAGAAUCUGGCAGCUGGACACAGCCUGAACUGCAUUGUCUCUCUUCAUGACCCUUGCUGUGUAGCAGCUCAUCUCUUUACUCAUACGUACACCCUCGUCCUGAUUUUCUUCCUUUUUUUUUUCUCUUUCUGAUAAUUUUUUAAGCAGCCUCUGGAGCCAGCCAUGUUUGGCACUGAAUCUUCAUUGAGCAUGUUUUUGAAUACAUUAACACCGAAGUUCUACGUGGCCCUGACAGGCACUUCCUCACUAAUAUCAGGUCUUAUUUUGAUAUUUGAAUGGUGGUAUUUUCGCAAGUACGGAACAUCAUUCAUUGAACAAGUCUCAGUAAGCCACUUGCGCCCCCUUCUGGGAGGGGUUGACAACAACUCCUCCAACAAUUCUAACUCUAGCAAUGGGGACUCAGAUUCCAACAGACAAAGCGUCUCAGAAUGCAAAGUAUGGCGAAAUCCACUAAAUUUAUUUAGAGGUGCUGAAUAUAAUCGGUACACGUGGGUGACAGGACGAGAACCUCUGACUUACUAUGACAUGAAUCUCUCUGCCCAGGACCACCAGACAUUUUUCACUUGUGAUUCAGACCAUCUGCGUCCUGCUGAUGCAAUAAUGCAGAAAGCCUGGAGAGAGAGAAAUCCCCAAGCUAGGAUUUCUGCAGCUCAUGAAGCCUUAGAGAUAAAUGAAAUUAGGUCCAGAGUUGAAGUUCCCCUAAUUGCUUCCUCUACCAUCUGGGAGAUAAAAUUGUUACCAAAGUGUGCAACUGCUUAUAUUCUCUUGGCUGAAGAGGAAGCUACAACCAUUGCUGAAGCAGAAAAACUGUUUAAGCAGGCUCUGAAGGCUGGAGAUGGCUGUUACCGGCGUUCUCAGCAGCUGCAGCAUCAUGGAUCCCAGUAUGAAGCCCAGCAUAGACGAGACACCAAUGUCUUGGUGUACAUCAAAAGAAGGCUAGCAAUGUGUGCCAGAAGACUCGGGAGGACAAGGGAAGCAGUGAAAAUGAUGAGAGAUUUAAUGAAGGAGUUCCCACUCCUGAGUAUGUUCAACAUCCACGAAAAUCUUUUAGAAGCCCUUCUAGAACUACAAGCCUAUGCUGAUGUUCAAGCAGUUUUAGCAAAGUAUGAUGAUAUAAGCUUACCAAAGUCGGCAACAAUAUGCUACACAGCUGCCUUGCUCAAAGCAAGAGCUGUCUCUGACAAAUUCUCUCCCGAGGCUGCAUCUCGGCGGGGGCUGAGCACAGCAGAGAUGAAUGCUGUAGAGGCCAUUCAUAGAGCUGUGGAAUUCAAUCCUCACGUGCCAAAAUAUCUACUAGAAAUGAAAAGCUUAAUCCUACCCCCAGAGCAUAUCCUGAAGAGAGGGGACAGUGAAGCAAUAGCAUAUGCGUUCUUUCACCUGGCACACUGGAAAAGGGUGGAAGGGGCUUUGAAUCUUUUGCAUUGUACAUGGGAAGGCACUUUUCGGAUGAUCCCUUACCCUUUGGAAAAGGGGCAUCUAUUUUACCCUUACCCAAUCUGUACAGAAACAGCAGACCGAGAGCUGCUUCCAUCUUUCCAUGAAGUCUCAGUUUACCCAAAGAAGGAACUUCCCUUCUUUAUUCUCUUUACUGCUGGAUUGUGUUCCUUCACAGCCAUGCUGGCCCUCCUGACACAUCAGUUUCCAGAACUCAUGGGAGUCUUUGCAAAAGCUUUCCUCAGCACUUUGUUUGCCCCCUUAAACUUUGUCAUGGAGAAGGUGGAAAGUAUCCUCCCAUCCAGUCUGUGGCACCAGCUGACACGGAUCUAGGGAGGCUGCCCGCCCUCCCACUCACCUCACCCAGUGGGCUGCCACCAUCUCUUCCGUGCCAAGUCCUUGUGGACAGCAAGAAAGCAUGACUUUGAAAAAGGGAAGCCAUUCCAAGAUUUAAAAUGUUCAUGGACUAUCUGUUCCGUAUUAAAAGUUGUUUUUGUUGUACAAAACUCAUUGAUGUUCAGUUCUAUUAUAUUUUGCCUUCAGAAAAGGAAAAAGGUCAAAAAUAAACUUUUGUGUAUUGCAGC